GACGAUGCUUGAUUGAAUAAAGUAGACGAGAAAGGCCUUGAUUAUGGAAUGGAGUGUACCGAUAUUGGUAACUGUUAUGUUGAGUAUGAUAAGGUAUUGUCCGCAUGGUACACCAGUUAACAUGAGGUUUGUCAAACUUAAACGAUUGGAAUCGGCCAAACCACCUCAAUGGUGGUAUAACCAAGGAAGAGGUCGAGUGAAAAAGGCGACAGCCAUUACCACCGCUCCACCAGAUCCGUUAUUUCCGUCAACGUGCGCCGCGAGGGCCGAGUUCGGUUUACCAACUUGUUGUCAUGGUCAAGACCCGAACUGUUAUACUGCGUCAGGUUGUUUCUGUGAUAUUGCGUGUUACCUCUACUUUGAUGACUGCUGUUCGGACCACAGGUCUCAGUGCUACAACCAACUUACACUAUGUGUGUACGGGCAACCAAAACUGCCGAAAAAAACUCGAAACCCAAACUCUGUUCGGCCGGACUCGUGUUGUGGGGAGUCGCCAUUUAAUACGAGCAAGAGGACUUGUUGUGGUGGGAGGGUUGUUCUGGGUGCUAACGUCAAUUGUGACGAAAUAGUAACGCAUAGAUGACGUCAGUGAUGAUGGCGAGACGGCGGAAAAAUACACAAUGUGAUCGGUGGCGAUUUAAAGGACUUAUUUUAUUCUACUUUUAAGUACAUUAGUGGAAAGUGUGGCCCUAUAAGCGACGUGGACGUGAUUGCCCCGAGCAGAAUAAAUUCUUUUUUUAUCUAUUAA